AUGGUGGCAGUCAAGAUUGGAGAAUUGAUAUUAGAUGCACUAAUCAAGCAUGAGAGCGAAAUAAUAAGAAAAAAUUGCGAAGUUUUUGAUAUAGCUGCAACAUUUUUGGAUGGCUAUGAAAUUCCGCAUCGCCGCGGUCAAAAACUGCAUUGCCGCUGGGGUUUCAAUUCUGGUUCUGUGUUUUCUGGCGUUGUUGGUCUUUCAGCGCCGCGAUACUGCAUAUUUGGCGAGACGACACUACUGGCUUCGAAGAUGGAAAACAAAGGAAUACCUGACCGGAUUCAAACCACUUUCCACACUUACAAGAUCCUUACCAACGGAGAGAAGAAAUUUCUUUUUUCCCCAAGAGGAAGCACUAGUAUUGAGAUGAGAAGAAUAUGCAUUUUGUCCCUAAGAAAAACUCAAAUUUAUAUUUGUCACGGCAUUAAAAUAACAAUUGCUUUAUUCGCAUUAACAAUGCCAUAA